AUGACUCAAAUUAUGGAGUUGAUAUUGAGAGCCAACGAUGCUGACACAAUUGGCGACGCCUUGUUCAAUGCUGUGAUUUCGCUUCUGGCAUGCUACAAGGCAAUUGUUGUACGGAUAAAUCACGAUAGUAUUACAAUGUUAAUCGGUAAUCUUGUCGAGAAGCCAUUUAAACCAGUAGAUUUGAGCGAAAACAUGAUUCGGGAGAAGUUUGACAAGAGAAUAACGUACGCGUAUAUAUUAAACGAUAAAUUUGGCAAAAUAAUUCCUAGUGAGUUCUUAAUGAUCACAGUGAGCCUUCAAUUAUCGGAUAGUAUUUACAAUAUGGAAUGGACUAUGUUCAGCAAUAAUAUGAAGAAAGGGCUCUUAAUGAUCAUGAAUCGUGCUACGAUACCAAUUGAAUUUACCAGCGCAGAUAUUUUGCCUGUGAAUCUUGACUCUUUCCUAAAGUGGAUGUUGAAAAGUGAUGUUGGAAAGAGAAGCGAAAUGCCUGUCUUGAAAUUUACGCUCACGGUUUUAGCGGUCGCAGGAUGCUGGCGACCAACAUCGUGGAUAUCGCUGUUUAGACACAUAAUAUAUAACGCUUAUACAGCGUCAAUGAUUAUAACAUUAUACACCUUUGCAAUGACUCAAAUUAUGGAGUUGAUAUUGAGAGCCGACAACGCUGACACAAUUGGCGACACCUUGUUCAAUGCUGUGAUUUCGCUUCUGGCAUGCUACAAGGCAAUUGUUGUACGGAUAAAUCACGAUAGUAUUACAAUGUUAAUUGAUAAUCUUGUCGAGAAGCCAUUUAAACCAGUAGAUCUGAGCGAAAACAUGAUUCGGGAGAAGUUUGACAAAAAAAUAACAUACGCAUUUGUAUUAAACGAUAAAUUUGGUAAAAUAAUUCCUGGUGAGUUCUUAAUGAUCACAGUGGUAAUGUGCUACAAUUUAGUUCAUAUGGCUUUUAGAGCGUCCAAUGCCGUUGCUUAUACACAAGAUAUUAUGGUUAUAGCUACCACUCUAGCUCCAAUUUUUUAUUAUUGUUGGUUUGGCAACGAAAUCAAGCUCAAGAGCCUUCAAUUAUCGGAUAGUAUUUACAAUAUGGAAUGGACUAUGUUCAGCAAUAAUAUGAAGAAAGGGCUCUUAAUGAUCAUGAAUCGUGCUACGAUACCAAUUGAAUUUACCAGCGCAGAUAUUUUGCCUGUGAAUCUUGACUCUUUCCUAAAGAUACAUCCCGAGGAUGUUCUUAAGAUGCUCAAAGGACAUAUGGACGUCCUUUGA